CCUAAGUGACAAGUCUCGUGCAUGCUCAGCCCAAAAGAACACGGUAUCACGACAGAUCGAGACUGACUCACGGCAACCAACCCCCAAAAGGAACUAGCCGUUGGUCAUGGCGGAGGGACUUUGACCUCGGGGACCAACCAGGAGGGAUCUUCUAGGAGAAAAGUCGACCGCCGCCGUCCCCGGAGGUGGUGGGUGCUCGCGGGAUUUGGAGCAAACUUGACCAAGAUGUAGUGUGAAAAAACCGGCUUGAUGGGAAGGGCGAGUGGGGAAACCAGCAAUGAAGAAACGGUGGGCUGCAUGUUCAGCAGCCUGGCUUUCAAGCUUCGCAGAGCCUUGUGGAGAAGCUGCUACAAUGCCGACUUUUCCCAUGCUUUUUCUCUUCUUUUUCUUUUUCUUUUUCUAUUCUUUUUAUUUUCCUCUUCUUUUUUCUCUCCCGACCUUGACCCCUUUUCAUUAUAUUUUCCAUUUUCACCUCUCUUGGGGUUGUGACAGGUCCUCAGCAGAUGCCCAGGUAGUGCAGAUACCCAGGUGGUUUGCUCCGGGGCGGGCAGACACUAUUUUGGCACCGCCGCACCCGCGCCAGACGGCCAUUGGCCAGCUCCGGGAAAAGAAUUGUGCCAGAACCAUGCAGGCUUCCCUAGUUGGUAGCCGAGACCGAGACAUCUUCCAUUCGCAUACUUCUCUGGAUGGCACCGAGAUUCAGUGAGCAAUAAUACGGAUUAGCCUAUGCCACCCCCGCCCCGCCCCCGCACCGCCAGCCCGUGGCCUUGGCCUUCUAGAAGGCGGGGUGAAGCCUCGAGGUCGACAACAUCUUCUGCGUGGGGGGUGGGCGAACAAGCAAGUAAA